AUGGCAGGUGGGGCUGUAUCCGCUGUUCCAUUUACCAGGCUCAUGAAUGCCCUUGGAAGCAGAAGAAAUGGCGCGGAAUUUGCUGUCCUUAUUUCGGGCCAUAACAGUUGCAAGUCUCGAAUCUGGAGGGCUGUCAGCCCCUUUGAGAAUGGCGAAAUGUUAGGUGCAGUCCAGGCAGAUGAUCCUCUGGAUGUAUUGAGAAACAUCAGGGCGGCUAUCGCUGUCAUUCAUUAUCUCAACGACUCCAGAAUCCAUCCUGGUUUAGUGACAGCCGCAAAUAAAGUCCGCCAAGAGCUCGGCCUGGCAGAUGAAGCGUGGGAAAUGCAGGGUAAUGCCCCAGUCGAAGCUCGGGAUUGGUGGGAUCAAUGGAUUCGAGAGAGACUGAGGUUUAUAGGAUCUCAAACUAGAGCUUGGGUUGUACAGUGGGUGAGAGAAAUGCGAAAUAGAUGGGCAGUCAGGGAAGGGCAACAGGCUGUGGAGGUGCUCGACGCUUUGAGCAGGUAUACAAGUCUUGCCUCUGACAUGGAGGUCAGCCUGGAGGGUCUGGAGUAA